AUGGCGACACUGCUUCCACGGCACGGCUACCACGCUGUAGGGUCUGGCACCGACGCGAAUGACGGCAUAGAAAUGGAACCGACACAUCAACCGCAACCGCAAUCAACACCAGCGGUAUUCCCAACACCAUCACCAUCACCAUCACACCCACCAUCACAACCGACACACACCAGCCCGACAACACCAACCCCAACAACAACCACCACCGUCCUCCCCCCCUACAGCUCAUUCCUAUCCGGCCCCGACGCAAACCCCCCGCUGCUCCCCAACCCCUCCUUACCCUGGCGUCCCUUCUACCUCCGCCGCCGCAUCCUAGCCAUCUUCGCCUUCUGGUUCGGCUUCGUCAUCCUCGCCGUCGAAACGCUCCAAGCGAUCUCCCAGCGCGACACCGGCGUCGCGGCGUCUUCUCCGCAACUGCACUACGUCUGGCGAUAUGGUCCGACGGCAAUACUCACGCUGCUCGCUGCGGCGUGGAGUCGGGCCGAGUACCAGAGCAAGUUGAUUGCGCCGUGGGUGAACUUGGCCAAGCACCACCAUGGUGACGGCAACGGCAAUGGGAAUGCAAACGGGAACGGGCACAGAAAAGGGGACAAAGCCGAAAAGACCCUCCUGCUCGACUACCUCUCCGAUUUCCAGCUCUGGGCGGUCUUCAAAGCGCUCAAGAACCGGGACUUUACCGUAUCCGCCACAGCGACCGUCGCCAUCCUGAUCAAAGCCCUCAUCGUCAUUUCCACAGGUCUCAUCUCGCUCACCUGGACCGACGUGGCCAAGACCUCGUGGCCCGUCACGCUACAGGACACCUUUGCGGAUAACACCGCGGGACGUCUGUCACAUACAGGCAACCUGGCGUACUACGUCAUGCAAGGGUUGGCGGAUAGGAAUAUCACGUAUCCUGACGGCGUGCACGCCGAGUAUGCGUACCAGGCUUUUGCGAGCGACUUGCUAGGGCGCACGACACAGGCAACGGUGCGGGUGGACGGGUUUGGGAACGGGCUGGAGUGUGAGGAGGUGCAGUUUGGCGUGAAAGGGGCUGCGCCGCCGGAUCCGCAUUAUAGCGACCAGGUGAUGAAUGCGACGGUGUCGGGGGCCAAAUCGGGGUGUGGGAUCAAGGAUCUCGUGAUCUCACCGUCGCCGACGUGGGGGUGUGGGAAUAAUAAGACGUGUCCGGUGGUGUUUUCGCGGUUUGCCAAGGUGCAGUGUGAUGGGCCGGACGGUGGAAGUGGAAACAAAACGACAGACCAAAAUGAUAGGAAAGACGACCGCGUGCUGGUCCUCUUCGCCAACAUGACCUACGCCAUCGACUUCUCCCAGACCUUCAAAGACUACACCGGCCAAGGCAAACGGCACCCGUACCUAGCCACCCUCCACCGCGCCACGGCCCUCCUCUGCACCCCGACCUACGCCAUCACCAAAGUCGACGUCGUCCGCAACGGCACCGUCACCAAAAGCGUGACCCCGGCCCCCGAAUCCCCAUCCUUCAAACAAACCCCCCGCAUGCUGGACUCCGUCUCCCCCUGGGAUAUAAUGGAUGCCCACUACACCGCCUUCGCCAACUCCCCCUCCCUCUCUCUCGUCUCCAACCCCUACGGCCAAACCACCCGCGCCGGCCGCGGUGAUAUGUCAGUAGACGUAGACGCCUACACCGCCUUAGCCCUGCCCACGCAACUCCUCCCCACCGAACCCCUGCCUGUCCUCUUCAACUCAACCCGCCUCACCCGCGUCGCAACGCGCUACUACGCCCAAAUCGGCGCCAUAAUCGCCAAACAAUCCCUCAUGGCCCCCGCCUCCAUCCCGGCCACAGGAUCCGUCAUCAUAACCGAUACGCGGCUGAUUAUCUCGCCGUGGGCGGCUCAUUGGAUGGCGGCGUUGGCGGGGGUGUGUUUGGUGCUUGUCGGGGGGGUGGUGGUGUGGACUGUGCCGAGGGGGGGGUUGUUGCCGUGUAGUCCGACGACGUUGCCGGGGAUGGAGAGGUUGGUCGGGGGGAGUCGGGGGUUGGUGGGGAUGUUGAGGUUUGGGGGCGCGGCGGAUCGGGAGGGGUUGGCUAAGCCGCUUAGGGGGGGGUGGUUUUAUUCGGGGGUUGUUGGGGAUGGCUCUCAUGAGGGGGCUAAGGGGGGGGUUGGUGAGGAUAAGGGAGAAAAUGGGGGUAAAGGGUCAGGGUUAGGGUUGAGCGCGCGGACGGAAUAUCUUGGCUCAGGGGGAGAGUCAGGGUUAGGGUUGGAUUCAGGGGCUGACAACAACAACAACGGCAAGUUCGUGAUCCUAAAAGAUACCAGCACCACCAUUCGACACCACCACACCUUCCCGCAAAUCAUCUCCAAAGCGGCACACCCCAGCGCGCUGCACCCAUUCUCUCGACUCGCCCUCUGCGUCCUGCUUAUCUUACUGAUCGUGGCCCUCGACCUGAUGCUGCGCAAGUCCGAAGCCGACAACGGGCUCGGCGACGUCGGCAGCGGGACUUAUUUGCACUACAGCUGGACCGCCGUGCCGGCUAUUGUGUUUGGCGCGCUGUCCAUGUUGUUUUCGACGAUCGACUUCCAGAUUCGGUCACUGGCCCCGUACACGGAACUGAAGAACGGCGUGAGUGCCAAGGCGUAUGCCACGCUGGACUUUAUGGACAUGUCCAUCCCCCGCACGCUGUGGCGCGAGGUGCAGUUUGGGAAUGUGGGUGCCCUGUCAGCGACGACGGCGUUUUUGGUGGCGUCGCUGUUUACCAUCUUCUCGGCGUCGCUGUUUCAGCCCAUGGCGGUGCCUGCUGUUGUUGGCGUCUCGUUGCGGGUGAACCAGUCGUUUGAUGUACGGCAAUAUAGCACGCAAGACGGGAAUGUGCUCGCGUCGCUCGUGCUGGCGAGUAACUUGUCGUUCCCGGCAUGGACGUACGAUACCCUGGCCUUUCCCCAGAUGGUGCCUACUAUCGAUGGGCCUCUGCCCAAGUACCUCAACACCUCGACCAUGUCCAUCACCGCCGAAGUCCCCGCUCUCCGGUCAACCCUCUCCUGUCGACUAUACACCCCCGCUGACAUCACCCUCAACCACACGCGCGGCUACACGAUCGAGUACACCGAGUUCACCAACCCGCUCGGCAUCACCAUCGCCGGCGAAGGCUGCAACACCUUCCCGCAGUACGAAGAAUGGGGCUACAACAACAUCCUCCCGACUUACCCCAACAUGACCUUUUUCGGGCUCGGCGACGCCACCAGCAACGUCUCCACCACCCAAGGCUGCAGCGACUACCUCUACACCUGGGGCCAGCUGGACUACCACGCCCGGCCGUCCGCGGUGAAACAUAUUGUGGCCCUCGGCUGCAACGAAACCUUCGAGCGGGUUUCUGUGUCUGCCACAUUCACCUCCCUCAACCUAACCCUCGACACCACCACCUCCAACCCCCCCGUCCUCGUCUCCAACAACACCCCCUCCCACCAAACCACAAUCUCCACCUACCCCGGCACCUCCUUCUACUCCUACCUGGCCCAACUCACCACCGCCCCCAACCACCUCGACCCCUUCUUCGCGCUGUUAACCUCCUCCCCCUGGUCUGUCCCCCUCACCGACCUCGGCACGCCCAAUUCUACGGAUGCAGUGAUAUCUGCAAUCCACCACCACCACGGCCUCAUCCAAGCCCAAAAUCUCGCCCAACGUAUCGUCCCCGCCAACACUACCAACACCACUUUGCCUUUAUCUCUCCUCCCUGCUGGCUACCAACCACCCCCCCGGCAUACCUCCUACGACUCCCCCCCCAAUAACCUCCCCACAACCCCCAACACGGACGACGUCCCAACCUACCACGGCACAGCAACCUCCGCCCUCGGCGAGGGCCCGUUAAGGGUCCAGCAGGACAGGACAUCGACAAGGAUCUUGCAGGCGUUGUUGGGUGCAGCAGUGGUGUUGGUGCUGGUGGGAUGGGCGUGUUUGAGGGAGACGGAUGUGCUGCCGAGACGGGUGAUGAGUAUUGCUAGUGGGGGUUAUCACGGGGGUUACCAGGGGCUGGGGGGUUAUGGACAAGGGGGGGAUGGGAAAGGAGGUGGGAAAGUGAGCGAGGAAGAGAAAGGAGGAGAGAAAGGGAAAUACAACCUCGGAUGGUUAGGCAUCAAAACAGGAUCAACAACUUCAUUGGUGGACGGAAACGGAGAUGCAAAAGAAAAAGGACUGCGGUUCUGGAUGGGCUGGGGGACGGUGCCGGACUGGGAGGGCCGAGUGGACGGCGGGGAGAAUGAAGGGGGGGUUAGUCGGUUUGGGAUCUUUGCUGUUAGGGAGGGUGUAGAGGGGGACGGGAAGGAGGGGUUCAUGGUGAAGUCUUAG